AUUAUUAGUAUUUUAAAUUAGUUGGAGACCAAACUAAAACUAUAAACCUUGUUUUAAAUGUGUACACCAGUUCAUUGUCGGUAGCUAGGGACGACAAUAACCGUGGGUCAUGGAUAUCUUAGCUGUAAAGGUGAAGGAUUUGUCCAAGAAGAACAAAGAAGGAGAGAAACUACAAGUGAUCAGCAGAGAUUUGAUCCGCAGUGUCAGGAUCCCACAGAUACAUCCCACAAGGCCGUGUAUAAUUCCACAAGCAGAGUUUGAGAGGAUCACCUCAACAUCCCAAUCUCUCAUCAAGGAAGAGAGAAAGGCCUUAAAGCAAGCUCUUCAGAAAGAGAAAGAGGACAAGAUGAGAGCUGCUGAGGAAAGGAGGCGUCUAAUCCAGGAGGCAGACCUGUUCCUCAAGAAUAACCAGGCACCGACUGAGCUGGAGCUGGAGGCCCAGGAGCGAGCCCAGUGCACGGUGGAGCGGGCCAAUGCUUUAAGGGCGGAGCAGGAGGAGGAGAUCAAAAAGCUUAACCAGCUUAUCCUAGGUGCUCAAUGUCAAGCCACAUGUGACGCCCAGAUAAAGGAAAAGAACCUGAUUCAGGCUGAGUUGGCUGAGGAGGAGAGGCGUCUGGAUGCCAUGAUGGAGAUGGCACGCCGCGAGGCUCUGGAGACUUCGGAAAAGAUUGAUGGGAUGCAUAAACAGCAGAGGAUGAGAGGAAUGCAGCAAAUUUAUGAGCAGAUCCAGCGUCGGAUGGAGGAAAAACAAAUUGAGGAUGAGAUGAAAGAAUAUCAGAAACAACAGAUUCGCGAGACCCAGGAGAGAAUGAAUCAGGAAGAUCUCCAGGCCUUGGAGAAGAAAAGGUUGGAGCAAAAGCUUCUGCAGGAAGAAAUCCUGCGCAUCAAUGCUGCAGCAGUGCGGGCCAAGGAACGGCAGCUGGAAGAGGAAAAGCUGGCCGACAUCAGAGUGGUGGAAUUUCAGAGAAAGAAGCAGGAGCGUGAUGCAGAAUACGAGGAGGAGCAAAGACGAAUCAAGAAGGAGAAGGAGCUGGAGAUUGCCAGGCUGAGGGCCAAACAAGAAAAAGCCAGAGACCUGAAGGCAGAGCAGGAUGAAAUCCGUGCUCGGAGGAACCAAGAAAUGACGGAGAGAGAGUGGAGGAUGAAGGAUAGCGAGCUGGCAGCAAAAAAGGCACAUAAUGAAGCGAUGCUGAGGGCGGCUCGCUUGGAGCAGGUUCAACACAAAAAGCACCGCAUGUUCAUGGCGGCUAGCCAGAACAGAGCUGAGGAUGAGAGGGUGCUCAGGGCACAGCAGGAAGCAAUGGCAAGGCAGAAGGAGGAAGAGGAGAGACAGUAUCAGAAAACGCUGCGUCACACACGGGCCAUCCAUCAGCAGAUGAAGGAACGCGAGCUCUCGGCUCUAGCUAAACGCAGAGAAACCUUCAAGGAGGCCGAUCAGCUGAUUGAGGAAGCCCGCCAGAGACGUAUGCGCCUCGAUGAAAUCAAAGAGAAGAAGCUCAGGGAGCUCAGGGCUACAGGCCUCGCUGAAAAAUACUGUGCAGAAGUGGAGAAAAAGGCCUGGACAUCGCUGGGACUCGCAGACGUACCGGUACUCAAACACCGAGACUGA